AUGCUCCUGUUAAAACAUGCAUUUCAUGAAAAUAACAUAACUGCGCCACAUUCAACCCGACAGGUGAAGAUCUGGUUUCAAAAUCGCCGAGCCCGAGAACGACGCGAGGUUGCUCAAGCGGGCCCCAACAGUCUAGCCGGACCACUUGCUCUCCAGCCAAGCCUCACUUCAAACCAACUCGACGGCAGCUCAGCCGCCAACAUAGCAGGGCAUCCGUCAUAUUCGCCGCUUCCACAGUCUCCAAAUCGUGCAAACUGUGAUCCAUCGAAUAGACGGCCAAAACAGGCGGCCGACAUAUUGACGUCAGAAGACAAUGUUUUCUCUUCCUCACAGACGUCCCAGUUUCCUGCCACUUUGCCCACCGGUCGGACGAAUGCGACAACCCUAACGACCCUAACCUCGACAACGGCAACUUCAGGCAGUCCGACUGUCAGACGAUUAAAUGAUCAGAUGACAUCUUCUUUC